GAAAAUCUAAAAUCAUCCAAUAUGGUGAACUUCACGGUAGACGAAAUCCGUACCAUGAUGGACAAAAAGAAGAAUAUCCGUAACAUGUCCGUCAUCGCGCACGUGGACCACGGAAAAUCGACUCUUACAGACUCCCUCGUAUCCAAAGCUGGUAUCAUUGCCGGUGCCAAAGCUGGAGAGACUCGAUUUACCGAUACUAGGAAAGAUGAACAGGAACGGUGUAUUACCAUCAAGUCAACUGCCAUAUCCAUGUUCUUUGAGCUUGAAGACAAGGAUUUAGUCUUCAUCACAAACCCCGACCAACGUGAAAAAGAAGAAAAAGGUUUCUUAAUCAAUUUAAUUGAUUCUCCUGGGCACGUCGAUUUCUCCUCUGAAGUCACCGCCGCUCUUCGGGUAACUGAUGGAGCUCUUGUGGUUGUGGAUUGCGUUUCAGGUGUGUGUGUACAAACUGAAACUGUACUUCGUCAAGCUAUCGCUGAACGUAUCAAGCCUAUUUUGUUCAUGAACAAGAUGGACCGUGCUCUUCUUGAACUCCAGUUGGAUUCUGAAGAAUUGUUCCAAACUUUCCAACGUAUCGUUGAAAACGUCAACGUUAUUAUUGCUACUUAUUCAGAUGAUAGUGGUCCUAUGGGUGAAGUUCGUGUUGAUCCAAGUAAAGGUUCCGUUGGUUUUGGAUCUGGUUUACAUGGUUGGGCUUUCACUUUAAAACAAUUCGCUGAAAUGUAUGCAGAAAAAUUCAAGAUUGAUGUAGUUAAACUAAUGAACAGGCUUUGGGGAGAAAACUUUUUCAACGCGAAAACGAAGAAAUGGGCUAAACAAAAGGAGGAUGGAAACAAACGUUCCUUCUGCAUGUACAUUCUCGAUCCCAUCUACAAGAUUUUUGAUACGAUCAUGAAUUACAAGAAGGAAGAGUAUGAGGCGUUACUCCCCAAAUUGGGCAUUACAAUCAAACAUGAAGAUAAAGACAAGGAUGGUAAACAACUGUUGAAGGUUGUGAUGAGAACUUGGUUGCCAGCUGGCGAAGCUUUACUUCAAAUGAUUGCCAUUCAUUUACCCUCGCCUGUUGUCGCCCAAAAAUACAGGAUGGAAAUGUUGUAUGAAGGCCCCCUCGACGAUGAAGCCGCGAUUGGUGUUAAAACGUGCGAUUCCAACGGACCACUUAUGAUGUAUGUAUCAAAGAUGGUACCCACUUCCGAUAAAGGACGUUUCUACGCGUUUGGACGUGUUUUCUCUGGAAAAGUAGCAACCGGAAUGAAGGCGCGUAUCAUGGGACCGAAUUACACCCCAGGAAAGAAAGAAGAUUUAUACGAAAAAGCCAUUCAAAGAACUAUUUUGAUGAUGGGUCGUUAUGUUGAAGCUAUCGAAGAUGUUCCCUGCGGUAAUAUUUGCGGUUUAGUUGGAGUUGAUCAAUUUUUGGUCAAAACUGGUACUAUUACCACGUUUAAGGAUGCCCACAACAUGAAAGUUAUGAAGUUUAGCGUUUCGCCUGUUGUACGUGUUGCUGUGGAACCGAAAAAUCCAGCUGAUUUACCAAAAUUGGUAGAAGGAUUGAAACGUUUAGCUAAAUCAGAUCCUAUGGUACAAUGUAUCAUUGAAGAAUCAGGUGAACACAUCAUUGCUGGUGCUGGUGAAUUGCACUUGGAAAUUUGCCUUAAAGAUUUAGAAGAAGAUCACGCUUGUAUUCCAAUUAAAAAAUCCGAUCCUGUCGUAUCAUAUCGUGAAACUGUCAGUGAAGAGUCAAAUCAAAUGUGUUUGUCUAAAUCACCCAAUAAACAUAAUAGGUUGUUUAUGAAAGCUUGUCCAAUGCCUGAUGGUUUAGCUGAAGAUAUCGAUAACGGCGAUGUUAACCCCCGCGAUGAUUUCAAAGUUCGUGCUCGUUAUUUGAGCGAGAAAUACGAUUACGAUGUCACUGAAGCCCGUAAAAUUUGGUGUUUCGGUCCCGAUGGAACCGGACCGAAUAUACUCGUCGAUUGUACCAAGGGAGUACAAUAUUUGAAUGAAAUCAAGGAUUCAGUGGUUGCCGGUUUUCAAUGGGCUGCUAAAGAAGGUGUUUUAUCCGAAGAGAAUUUGCGCGGAGUCCGUUUCAAUAUUUAUGAUGUCACUUUACACGCUGAUGCAAUCCAUCGUGGUGGCGGACAAAUCAUCCCAACUACGCGUCGUUGUUUGUACGCUUGUUUGUUAACUGCGGCUCCAAGACUUAUGGAACCCGUGUAUCAAUGUGAAAUUCAGUGUCCAGAAGUAGCUGUUGGUGGUAUUUAUGGUGUGUUAAAUAGAAGAAGAGGUCACGUUUUUGAAGAACAACAAGUAGCUGGAACACCAAUGUUCGUCGUAAAAGCAUAUCUACCAGUAAACGAAUCGUUUGGUUUCACCGCCGAUCUUCGUUCAAAUACGGGAGGUCAAGCUUUCCCUCAAUGCGUAUUUGAUCACUGGCAAAUUCUUCCUGGUGAUCCGUUGGAGACCAGCACCAGACCCUUCACUGUCGUUCAGGAAACGCGUAAACGUAAAGGAUUAAAGGAAGGUCUACCAGACCUUACUCAAUAUUUGGACAAAUUAUAAACAAGGGAGUGUUUAGGAUCUGUACAAAUUAUUCAAAAAGAAACAAAAAUAAAAAAAAGCCAACACUAUUAUUUACUUUGACUGAUCUAUUUACAUUUCCUUUUUUUCUAUAGUUGAAUCCAAUCGCUAAAAAAUAAAUAAAUGAUUGAUAAUUUUUGUCUGGAUAAUAAAUGGAUGAGAUCACAUUACUAUUAAAUUCAUUCUUUAUUUUGCUACUUACAAUUUCUGUCUUAGCGGUCGGCCACUGAUGGUGUAUAACCUGGAAAAUGCCAAUAAACGAAAUAAAUUGGAAA